CAAAAACUAAAACCAUCGUUAACUAUUCCAACGUUGCAAUUGAUUGAUAGAAAUGACUACGAAAGAUCACCAAUGAUGAAGGAUGUAAGCUCUGGAUCAGGCUCAGGUUUAGCGAGUUUGAAUCAGCGAACAGUGGCACAAGAUCUUCAGAUUAUAUCGGUGAUCGGGAAGGGUCGAUACGGAGAAGUGAAGAAGGCUUUAUACAAAGGUGAUCGAUUCGUCGCUGUUAAGGUCUGCUCGUACACACAUAUUUGUUAA